UCCGCGUAGAGUCAGAAACCGCGAGAGAGAAAAAGAGAGCGCUGAAUUCAAAGCAGAGGUUUCCGCCCGGACGAUUCAUAUGAUCUGAUCGCUGUUUGAUCAACUCUGGUCUCUAGUAGGAUUCUCAAUUCAGCAAUGGCGAAACGAAGUAACAUUUCUCGGCAUCAUCAAGGCAAGAGAUCUUCCACCGUCGUUCUGGUCCUCGCCAUGCUUCUGAUGCUAACCCUAGUCCUCCUAAUGCUUCUCGCUCUCGGAAUUCUCUCUCUCCCCGUUAGCUCCGAAGAUUCUCCGCCGAUCCGAGAUAGGCUCAAGCUAGGUCGCAAAGCCAAAGUUGGCGUCGAGGGUGGUGGUGUUGGUGAUGGUGAUCAGGCGGGAAGAAGAGGAGAGCAGUGGACCGAAAUUCUAUCUUGGGAGCCUAGAGCCUUUCUUUAUCACAACUUUUUGUCCAAGGAGGAAUGUGAAUACUUGAUAAAACUUGCCAAGCCUCACAUGAGAAAGUCAACUGUUGUUGAUAGCAAAACUGGUCAGAGUAAAGAUAGCAGGGUGCGGACGAGUUCUGGAAUGUUUUUAAAGAGAGGAAGAGAUAAGACCAUCAGGGACAUAGAGAAAAGAAUAGCAGACUUCACAUUUAUUCCUGUAGAGCAUGGAGAGGGGCUACAAGUUCUCCAUUACGAAGUUGGGCAGAAAUAUGAGCCUCAUUAUGAUUACUUUCUUGAUGAGUUCAACACAAGAAAUGGCGGCCAAAGGAUAGCUACAGUUCUUAUGUAUUUGUCAGAUGUAGAAGAAGGAGGUGAGACUAUCUUCCCUGCCGCUAAGGGAAAUAUUAGUGCAGUACCAUGGUGGUAUGAGUUGUCUGAAUGUGGUAAGAGGGGCCUUGCUGUGAAGCCAAAGAUGGGUGAUGCAUUACUUUUCUGGAGUAUGCGACCUGAUGCAACAUUAGAUCCAUCCAGUUUGCAUGGUGGUUGCCCUGUAAUUAAAGGAAACAAAUGGUCAUCUACUAAGUGGAUGCAUGUCGAUGAAUACAAGGCCUAAGCCACUUUUUGUCAAGGAUUCGUCAGACUGUUUAUGUGGGAUUUUUGGUGGCUUCUGAGAUGAGUUAUUGUUAAGGUUCCAGCAUUAAUUCCUACAUAAACGCCAGUGCUCCUGAUAAGCUGCAGUCAUAUGUGAUUUUUUUUUUUUCCAAUGUUCAAGUUCUGAUUUAUUAUGUAUGUAUGGGCUUCGUUUAUUGUUUGCCCAACUAUUCCCAGGUUUUGUAACUCGGCCGGGUUAUGCAUACUUCAGUUUCAGUUCAAUAGAGUUGUAGGGGGCGAAUAAUUAAUAGGUCGCAACUAACUCAGAAAGGUAAAUACAUACAUACCAUUUGGCACUCUGCGCGUUUGCAAGUUAUAUUGUUUGUAUUUCUCAAAAACUACAAUACCCAGCGCUUCCUUUCGUUGUGUUGGGAGUAUGCGGUUGAUGCUCGCAUUGAUGUCUUGGGCAUCUGAGAAAUUCAGAUAGGUUUGUUGCUAAUUA